AUGUCGCCCGCCGAUCGAUUUAACAGCGGCGGUGCAUCGAAAGUUGAGAGCGUCGGGCGCGUGCGGGCACGCGGGCGCGUCCCGCGCGGCGACGCGCGUGCUCCGCGUCGUCGCGAAGGACGGCCCGGGGCCGGGGUCGGGAUCGGGCGCACGCGCGUACGCGUACGAGUACGAGAAGCCCGGUCACGGGUGGGUGGCGCGGUUGGUCGAGCGCGCGGCGGCGCCGCCGACGCCGCGCGACGUCGCCGACGUCGUCGCGAAGAUGAACGCGUCGGCGAACGGCCGGGGCGACGGCGACGGCGACGGCGGCGGCGCGUGGCGCGUCGGGGGACGCGGGGGGCUCGUGGCGAUAUGCGAGAGCUUGGGCUGGACGACGUGGGCGCCGGAGGAGGUGGCGAGAGCGCUCGUGAGGAGCGAGCGCGAGUGCCGCGAGUAGAGCGAAGGACGACGUCGUCGAUCGAUCGAUCGUCGGAAAAACAAAUUAGGGCCGUUCUAUACAAGCGAAUGUCGGGGUGGAGUUCAAAGGCGUCAGUUGGCGUUGAAAGGCGUCGAGGGCGGGUAUUGAAAGCGAGGGGUGGGCGGAGAGAGUCGACGGGCAAAGUCCUUAAGGAACGGCGUUCACCACGCGGACGGGGUCGUAUGGGGACCAGUGUACAGAACGCACCUUAA